GCCACUGGAGCAAUUGAGAGAGCACAGUAGCGGUCUCGUUAGAAUAUUGACACUCGGAGAAUCGCCACGAAUACUGCAAGGUCGGAUACUGUCUGACAUUUAUGACGUGACGCAUGGUACGUGCCGUCAUUGCUGCGAUAUGUACUGAAAGUAAUGCAUCAACACGUGCAGUUGCCAUUGGUGCUUCUACUCCGAACAAGAAAACCCGGCCAUUUUUUGCUACAAAAUCCACCAGCCAUUCCUACUCUAAGUGCUGUUUGGCUGGUCUGUUUGCUGACUGGUAGUCGCAUGACUAUUGAUUGGCAUAAUUAUGGAUAUUCUAUACUUCAACUGGCCCUGAAACCAAAUCAUCCACUUGUGUUUAUUUCAAAGUGGUACGAGAAGUGUUUUGGUCGUCUAGCAACUAACAACAUCUGUGUAACGAAAGCAAUGAAAGAGGAUCUAGUAGACAACUGGGGCAUCAGGGCUUCUACGAUGUAUGACCGACCUCCAGCCAUGUUCAAAAAAACGAGUGUGGAGCUUCGGCAUGAGUUGUUUUUACGUCUUUCAACUGAUUAUGUAGUUUUCAAAGGUGAUUCAAGGUCAACAGUGGUUGGUGUAGAAACGGCAUUCACAAGGAAAACAAACGGAAAUGUACAUCUUCGGUCUGACAGGCCUUUUCUCGUCAUAAGUAGCACUAGCUGGACGGAAGAUGAGGACUUUUCGGUGUUGCUCCAAGCACUUGAAAUGUAUGAGCAAUCUAUCAGACAAGGACAUGAGAGCUUGCCAUCUGUAGUGUGUGUCAUCACAGGUAAGGGCCCUCUGAAGAGUCAUUAUGAAAGAAUAAUUGCCGAGAAACAGUUGAAUCAUGUCAAGUUUUGUUUGCCGUGGCUUGAACCCAACGAUUAUCCCGUUCUUCUUGGUUCGGCUGAUUUAGGGGUUUGUCUUCAUGUGUCUUCUUCAGGACUGGACUUGCCUAUGAAGGUUGUUGAUAUGUUUGGCUGUGGUCUUCCUGUCUGUGCCAUACAUUUCAAGUGCCUGCAUGAAUUGGUUGUUCACGAGCACAAUGGACUCGUAUUUCACAAUUCACAACAGUUGGCGAAGCAAUUACAGAGUCUUGCUAGUGGAUUUCCCGAUAGUCAGGAACGUUUGGAGACAUUCCGCGGUAAUCUCAAAUCAUUUCAGAACGAUCGAUGGCAGGACAGCUGGAACAAAACCGUGUUACCUUUGUUCAAAAGUUGAUUUCGUGUGUUGUUAGCACAUUUGCAUGUGGCUAUAUGAUAAUACAUACUUUUCGACAUUUCUUUUCUAUUCAUAUGAUUGAGCCAAACGGAAAUGCCAUUGCAUGGUGAUGGUGCCAAUUGUGGCACCA